GCAAACACCUGUCGAAGUGAGUGAUGAUUUUCCCCGUUCGACGCCUUCCAAGCUGCGCACCUGUGACUUUGUGCAAUCCGCAGCUGUUUGCAGCUUGCUUCCGGCCGGGUCAGGACGGAGUCUGGACGCUACGUUUGGCAGGUCAGCAUUGGCAGCCAAAUGAAGGUCGUGGCAAAGCCUCUGGUGACUGGCGAGCAUUGCCUUGAUCAGCAGGCUUUGGAGUUGGGACCCGUCCUGGGCAGUGGCGGAUUCGCCACGAUCUUUGAUUGCCGCAUCGCCUCGCUGUCGAGGAGUUAUGCGGCAAAGGUGUUUAAGGCGCCCUCCACGGCGUCUUCGGUUCAUCGCAGCGGCUUUCACGAGGCCGAGAUGCUUCUGCUGGCCGCUGGCUGCCACUUCCUGCCGCGGGUGGUGGGCUUUUACGAGGUGGAGAUCGAGCUAGGCCUCGAGCAGAAAAGGCGAACAGCCCAGCAGGUGGCUCCAGCAGAAGCCCACUGCUUGCUUCUUACGGAGAAGUGUGACCUCUCCCUGCAGCACCUGAUAAACCACACCAGGCUCUCCGAGGCUCAGAGCGCAUUCGUGGUGCGCAGUAGCCUCAGCGCACUGCAGCAUCUCCAUGACCUCGGCAUUGUGCACGGGGACGUCAAGCCGGGCAACAUCCUGGUGGCCAACGGAGGUGGCCGCGUGGUUCUGGCGGACCUGGGCCUAGCCCAGCAGAUUCCGGAGGGGAAGAGCGAGGUGCCGCUGAUUGGCGGCUCCCUUGGAUACCUGGCGCCGGAAUGCCUCGAGGAGAAGGUCUACCGAAAGUCUUCGGACAUAUUCGCACUGGGCGCGGUCAUGUAUUUGCUCUUGUUCCGCACCCCGGCGUUCCUGCGAUCCACGAAGCCCGAGACCCGCGUGGCCACUCUCAUUGGCCAGCUCCCUUUGCUGCCCUGCGGCAAGGCCGUGGCCAAGUCGGAGGCCUCCUGCGAGCUGCUGCAGGCGCUGCUGGCGGAGAAGAGGCCUUCGGCCACCGAGGCGCUGAACUUUGCGUGGCUCCGGGUGACCGAAUUCCUUGACCUGGCGGUGUCCAGGUCGAGCAAGACGGACUCGCCAAGUGAGUCGACGAGGGCUUGGGAAGAGACGACAACUGCAAGAUCUCCUGGUGCGAGAUCUGCUGGUAUGUCGAGCCGUCUUGGCCGCGCAUUUUCCCGCAUGGUGCCGAAAUGCAUCCGGCUGAGAUAGCCGAUAGCCUGACGGAAGCCAAUCCUUUUUUUGGUGCCAGCUUGGGAUGCAGCAUGAAGCAUGCCAACACUGGGAAAUCCAGUUGAAGCUGGACACCAGGAUCACCAGGAAUGAGCUGAAGCAGCUCUAUUCAUUCUCACUUGCAGUUCCCGUCAAAGAUGGGGACCCAGAUCACAGGCCCUCCUUGAACUGUCGAAAUUCCAGGGAUUGCAAAUGCUUUUCCGCUUCAUCCACCU